AUGUUGUUCGCUUGGAUCGUUCUCUGCGCUUUUGUCAUUCAAACUAACUGCGAUGAGGCUGGCGGUUACAAUGAAGAAGAUGCUGAGGACUAUAUGCCAACAGCGUGGAAAGCCGCUGUUCAUCUAAACCAGGAGAACACUUCCAUUGAAAAUUAUUAUAUUCCCAUCAAGGUUUUCUGGGCUAGAUCCCAGGUAGUUUCUGGUACCAAGCACGAGUUUGAAGCUCUUUAUGGAGAAUCAACCUGCAAGAGAACGGCAAUGGAACCUUCUGAGAUUUCUGAGGAAAACUGCAGUCUAAAAGAAGGAGCUGCACGUGCGAUUUACAACGUUACCUUGUAUGAGAAUCCCUCGGAUGGCACUGAAAAAUAUACAGUCACAAAGGUUCGUGAUGUAUCGCCUGACGAGCAACUCUAA